AAGGGUGGGAGGGAGGAAAGAGGAGGAAGAGGAAGAGGAAGAGGGGGAGAUGCAAGGAGCAUUAGAAACCGUCAAACAAAUCGUCGAAUUCGAGGAGCUAGUUUCACGGCUCGAUCGAAUUAACGACGUUGUCCUUCGGCCAUCUUCCUUGUCUCCAACCCCACCUCCACCACCCCCACCCUAUCCACCACCACCCACCCCGCCGCCUCUUCCACCUAGACCUACUCCUCCAACACCUCCCCCUCCUGCCCCUUCCUCAUCACCAUCAUUGUUUCCAAAUAAUUGUUGUUGUUGUUGUUGUCGUUCAUCUUCCCCAUCCUCUUUGAAUUCUUCCUCCUAUAAUUUCCUUUCGAAUAUUAAAGAUAAAGGGAUUGUUAAUAAUAAUAAUAAUAAUAAUAAUAAUAAUAAUAAUAAUAAUAAUCGGCAAAGUGUUCGAGUACAUAUCGGUAUCGACGAUGAUCUACGAAUGAUAUUAGAAAUGGAUCCAUCUAUCGUCGACAGGAUACCACCACCACCACCACCACCACCACCACCACCAUCAUCAUCAUCAUCAUCAUCAUCACCACUACCACCAACCGUCAUAUUACCGAACAAUCACUCUGCCAACAUUUCUACUUUACCGAGAGCAGCAAUGCGUGUUACUCGACCGCAAGGCUGGUACUGAACUGAUCCGAGAAUUAUUUACUACUACUACUAUUACUAUUAUUAUUACUAAAUCAUCUAACACCUCCUCUUAACGUUUUAAUACUAAC